AUUAAAUUUUUUCUAUUUAUUCGAAAAGAAAUAAAUAUAAUUUAAUUAAUUUAGCCAUGUUCCACGCGGAAUGUGCAAUAAUGUCAAACACAACCAACUGGGCUUCACUUUUGCUUUCAAAAUCAACCCAUUCCACAUCUCCGAGUUUAUGACUUUUCCAAUUAUCAUAUGAUUUCCCCUUUCCCUUCCUAUAAAUCCAUUACUUGCCUUCUAAUUCUUCCUCAACUCCUCCAAGAUUCAAAUCUCUUGUUUGUUUUUACCCUUUUCGAUUCAUGGGGAAUUACGUUUCUUGUACCCUUUCCACCCAAAUCGGCGGCAAACCCUCCAAUUCUUCCACCACGACGGUGGUUUUUCCCAGCGGCGAAGUUCGGCGGUUUCAGGAACCGGUCAAGGCGGCGGAGCUGAUGUUUGAGAUGCCCAAUUUCUUCGUCGUCAAUUCUCAAUCGGUUCAUGUGGGUCGGCGAUUCUCGGCGCUGAUGGCGGAUGAGGAUCUCGAGAUGGGUAAUUCAUACGUUCUGUUUCCGAUGAAGAAGGUGAAUUCGGUGGUUUCGGUGGCGGAUAUGGGGGCCUUGUUUCUCGCCGCCGAGCGGGUAUCCGGCGGGAAGAAGCGGCGGAUUGUCGGCGGUGGGAAAGCAGAGGAAUCGGAAGCGAAGUUGAAAUUGGAUAGUGAAGAAGGGGAGGAAUUCUCGCCGGAGCCGGUCAUGGGUCAUCGAAGGUCGAUGUGCAGGUCGAGGAAGCCAUUGUUGGAGACCAUAGUGGAAGAGCCGAUGUGUUCGAGGUGAUCGGGAAAUUCAGAAAUUAAAAUGAAUUUGAUUUGUUCUUCGUUUGGCUUGGGGAUUUUCCUUUUCGAAAUUAAUGAAAAGAAAAUUCAUUCGUUGAUUGAUUUGUAUCAUACAAAAAUUAGUUCAUAUUAGUAAGCUUUAUGAACAAGCUAAUUAAAUUU